GCGAUUUUCUAUAGAUUCAAUAAUAUCGGUAUUGUUUCAUUGACUGAAGAUUUUUUUCCAUACAGAAACGAAUGAAGUCCUUUUAAUAUUCGUACACUUUAGAAAAUAAAUUGUCUAAAAAAAGCCUUUUAGUUAUGAAAGUGUUUAAGAUAAAAUUAGCUGAGACUGAAAACUUCGUAUAUAAGAAAUAUCUCAGUGGAUCUUAUGAUUAUUACUUCUUUGUAAAUAAUAGUUAGGUACUUAUCAUCAGUUAGAUUUAACAAAACUUCUACUAUACAUAACUUUACUAUACAAAAAGAAAUUUAUUUCCAUUUCUGUUUUAAACUAAAUGAGAUUUUACAGCAAAAAUUUCUUUAAAUUAGUAAUACAAAAUUAUAUUAUUAUGUGAUUUCCAUUUCAAAAACAUUAUUAUGUUCGUUCUUGAACAAAUAAGAGAUAUUCUGAUACAUAAUACAAGCCAAGAAUACACAAUUCAGCAAGUAAUGAAGAAAGGUGAUUAUUUUGAGAAGCACUGAAAGUUAAUCUAUUCAAAUUGUGGUGUAAAAAUAAUUGGAUUCUCACACAGGAGAGUUUCUUGCAUUUGACCAAUUCGUUCUCCAUGUCUCAAGAUGAAUGUCUUGUGGUUUUUCAAAGUGACGGCGCACUUCUUGAACGUAAAGCGAAUAGAAUUUUUUUUUUGCGAAACCUGUUGGUCACUGAUUACCUUCUGUGGUGUUUUGCUGUAUAUAGAAGAGCACGUUAAAAUGGUGAAAAUGUCCCAUCAUAUUGUUUCCAGAAGCACUUUGGUAUUGACUUUUCUACCUUUUGUGAUGGCGAAUGGGUUGUUUGUGCGCACCAAAGUGCAAUUGUAAGUUGUGUGUAAUUUGUAUUCAAAAACAAUCGCCAUCGCUGUCCUCCUUUAUUAGGGUGCAAAAGAACAUGAUGUUCAAUGGGAUGAGGUUGAGGUGAAAAGGAGAAGAUGGAGAGACAGGCUACUUGAAUAGGGGGAUUUAAACAACAACAACAACAAAAAAUGAGAUCUAGCUCCUCGUAUGGUUGGUACAGCACAGAGAGAAGGACCGAAGGCGAAUAGGAAGGGAAAAAAGGAGAAUUAAAGAAUAUAUUGAGAGGUGAUGCUUUUGUGUUAUAUGAGAAGACCAAAGAAAGGAGGCACCAACCAGCAGAGAGACAAGAAUCAAGAGCGAAGAAAAACGAAGAGGCAUCCAAAGCAAAAAUAUAUGUGUGUGUUUGGGGGAUUUCUUUUUGAACAUCAUGUGAAGAAUUAUCGAAAAGACAGGCGAUUGUGAUUUUUCUUUGGGUGAGCCUUCGCCUCCGUGAGUCCACAAGAAAACUUAAACAGUCUCGCUUGAGCUUCCAAUAGAAGUUGACUUGUUUUCACAUUUGCUCCGUUCACUUUUACGAUCAAGACCACAUUAGUUUUCUGGUGUGCGCACAAGAUGUGACUUUGGAUGUUAUUUUUGGUGAAUCUCCUUGAUUUUGCAUAAUCUUCGUGAUCUUUUUUGGAUUCUGUGAUACGUGAUAAGAGGAUUUUAUCGUGUUUCUUUGAGAAUUAAAUAAUCAGAACAAAAAACUCUAAAUCUUAUUCUCUUUGUGUCUGCAUCAUAAAUCUUCUUUUGGGUGAUUUAUCAUUUAGAUUUUGAGGUGUUGUUCGGGGGUGUAAAUCUUUUCUUGUACAAUACAAAACACGCGAAGAGGUCCCCGAGAAAUUGAAUAGAUUUUUUUCUUUGGAGAAUAAGGAAGGAGGCAAAAAAAAAAGAAAUAUUGAUGAAAUUUAUGAUAUUGUGAGUGAGAGGAAAAAAAAAAAAGGAACUUUACAUGGACAGAAGUGAAUUGAAACAGGUUUCCCUUAUGGCAAUCCAUCCGCGGUUUGAAAUAAAAGUGUGAAAAUAAGAAGGAAAGAGAAGACUUUUUAAACACUCCUAUUGAGAAGAAUCUUGAGAACGUUUUUUUUUGUACUCCGUGGGACAUACAUAUAUAAUAUUUGGAUGGUCUAAGAGAGGAGCGGACGAAAGCAGCAGGAGGAGAUCUUUUCGAGUGAGAAAACGAUCUCGAGAGACCUUUUAUAUUUCGACGAGAAAAAUCUCCGUAUAGUGCGCAAACAUUUGUGAAACCCAGACAUGGCGCCAAAAUCGAGAAAGAAGAAGGCACAUGCUAAAGCUCUUCAGUGCUACUGUGAGGGACACUGCCCAGACUUGCGGAGCAAUGGAACGUGCGAGGCUCGCCCUGGCGGGUCGUGCUUCAGUGUCGUGAAGAGCUAUCGAGAUGAGAAUCAUGAAUUGGUUUCCGAAUUUACCUUUGGAUGUAUGUCACCCGAACAGAGUGGAGGACUCCUUCAGUGCAAAGUUGCAACAGCUGCUCAUUUGCACGGGACAAAUAUCUUGUGUUGCAAUAAUUCAGAUUUUUGCAAUAGAGAUCUCAUCCCGGAAGAUACACCACGAACAACAGAACCACCCAAUGACCUUCCCUCUGCCACACAUUUCUCCAUGUACACAAUUGUGAUCAUUGUAGGCUCCUUCAUGGUACUCCUACUACUUAUGGGUCUAGUGACCCUUUGUUUCCUCCAUCGAAGACGAGAUAGGCGCAGGAAGAAGCAUUGUCUCGUUGAAUCAUCGUAUGGGAAUCAAAUAUCACCCCAUAUAACGGAUUUGGUGGAUCAGAGCUCAGGAUCGGGUAGUGGGUUGCCGCUGUUGGUGCAACGAACGAUUGCAAAGCAAGUUCAGAUGCUACAUAGUGUGGGCAAGGGAAGGUAUGGUGAAGUAUGGUUGGCCAAGUGGAGAGAUGAGAAGGUAGCGGUGAAGGUGUUCUUUACAACGGAAGAAGCAUCGUGGUUCCGUGAAACGGAAAUCUAUCAAACUGUCUUGAUGCGUCAUGAAAAUAUCCUGGGAUUCAUUGCAGCUGACAUUAAGGGAACGGGUACAUGGACACAGAUGCUACUCAUUACGGACUACCACGAAUUGGGGAGUCUGCAUGAUUUCCUCCAGCGAAAGGUGUUGAAUACGGAAAUGUUGAGGAAUUUGGCAUUGUCUCUGGGUUCGGGAAUAGCUCACCUGCAUACACACAUCCUCGGAACACCCGGAAAGCCCGCAAUUGCCCACAGAGAUAUCAAGAGUAAGAAUAUUCUUGUUAAGAGGAAUGGGCAGUGUGCCAUAGCGGAUUUCGGGUUGGCCGUCAUGUACAACAGUGAACUCGAUGAGAUUUGUAUUGCAAAGAAUACAAGGGUUGGUACGAGGAGGUACAUGGCCCCGGAGGUGCUCAAUCAAACCCUCAAUUCGGGUCAAUUUGAGGCCUUUAAGAUGGCAGACAUGUACAGCGUGGGCCUGGUGUUCUGGGAGAUGGCCAGGCGCUGUAUAACCACCAUCAAGGGCACUAAGAAUACAACGUGCGAAGACUAUGCCCUGCCCUAUCAUGAUGUCGUGCCAAAUGAUCCAAGCUUCGAGGAUAUGCAUGCAGCGGUAUGCGUUAAGACAAUUCGACCGCCAGUGCCAGCACGCUGGCAGGAUGAGGAGAUUCUCAGUGUUCUUGCGAAGAUUAUGCAAGAAUGCUGGCAUCCAAAUCCCGCCGUAAGACUCACAGCAUUGCGCGUAAAGAAGACUCUGUGCAAGCUCGAGGAGGACUUUACGGAAAACAACAAAAAGUCCGAUCAGUACUUUGUAUAGUGAUAUUAGGUUCUUGCAGUGGAUCACCCUCAUUGGCCACGCAUUUUCCUUUUUUUCUGGGAAGUGCUUCAUCAAAUAGUGCCCUGAAUGCAUUUUAUUUGUGAUUCCUCGUGCAUGCAACUACUUCAACAAAUUGCAAAUAAAAAGAAAUAUCACGUACUGAUUAGAUAGAGCCGUGUAGGACGUCCUCCUGCUUCAAAAAUUAUUGUACAAAUUAUUUAACAAAAGAACCCCCCUUAAUUUUCCUCGUAGUGAGAAAUUUAUAAUUUAAUUUAAGGAAAAAAAAUUACUCGUAGAUUUUAAUUAUUGAUUAACAUUUUAUUUUACCCCAUAAAAGCUUGCUCCAUCUAUUUGGGAAAGUUUAACAAAGGAGAGUUUUUAAUUAUUUUUUCAAUAGUCAUUUAAGGGAAAAUAUUUUGAAAGGGCUAGAUAAAGGAAAAAAAAUGAAGAGAAAAAAAUUAUUAAAGUGUAUUGUACAGAUUUCUUUAAUUCGGGUGCUGCAGUGUAGAGUUCUUUGAGGAAAUCCCUUCUCAUUUGCCAAUUUUCUUCCUCGAGAUUGAAGACAUUUUUUAUGCAUUUUUAUUCCACCCACAAAUGUUCACGUAAACGACAAUAAGAGGAAUAUAAAAAAGAGAAAAUGAAAAUGGAGAUAAUUUGUAAAAGGAAAAAAAAUAGAGUGUCGACGGAAAAAAAAGGAACUGUGAGUGCUUUUCUUGAUGGAAAUUUCUGUGAUUCUCCAGUGAGGAAGAUAAUAAAAUGUCCUAAAGUAAUGUUCACUUACAAAUCGCGAGGGAUAAAAAAAUACGAGAAGAUGAUUCCUUGAGGAUAAAUAGACUAUGUUAAUAUUAUAUUUUUUAUAUAAUAAUAAAACUACAUAAUAAUACGAUUUACGAGAUAGUGACGAGAAAACAACGUUAUUACUUAUAGCAUGUAAUAUUGGAUAAAAUGUACGAAUUGGCAUUCAAGCAUAAGAUUUUAACGUUCUCGGAUAGAUAUAAACAAAAAAAAAAAGGAAAAAAUAGUAAUAAUAAUAUGAGAAAUGAGAUGAGAUAUAAUCGUAUUAACUGACCUAAAGUGUAGGAUUUAUUGAUGAGAAAGAGAAUGAAGCAAAAAAAAUGAAUACUUGAAGAUGAAAUAAAGAGAGAGAAAAAAAACAA